UCUGAGCCCCUUUCUUAUCUUGUACCUGCUGGAUAAGAGACCUCAACUCUGUGUACUCUUGGUUCCCUUCCAAAACUUCAUACUCCGUGACGGGUAUUUGGAGCAACAGCAUCCCUAAUUCAAGUUCUUUCUGAUUUGCUGCUUUGGCUUCAAGGCUGCUCCUGGGAGGCAGGGUCUUCCUGAAGGAUAUCAGGUACAGUGUAAGCUGCGGACACCGGGCUCAGAGGAAGCAGCCUUCAGACAUGGAAAGAAAGCUCAUAAAGAAGGAAGUGAGAAAGCUGCUGAGAGAUUAUAUUGGCAUCAGACUUCGGGAAAAUGAAUUUGACCCAAAAGGAAGAAGGCAACUCUCCAUUCUAGAUGAUAUGGCGCACUAUGACUUGGCCAUCAGUGUCGCUCUGCAAUGGCUGGGUCACUCAGAAGACUUAACUUGGCUGGAGCGGGAGGCUAGGAAUAUGCCGCUUCAUGGCAGACCCAUAUAUCCAAACCGCAGAGAACGAGAAGCAAUGAUUUUGUCAUCCUAUGCUGGAAUCUUAAUGAACAGUGUUCCAAUUGAAGAAGUCUUUAAAAUCUAUGGGGCUGAUUCUGGUACUACCAAGGCUCCCCGGGCUCCCUUGUUCCGUUCCUUGCACCCCUUUGCCAUGCUGACGGCCCCCACUGCAGCAGAAUACUCCCGGAAACAGAGCGUCAAGUUAAGAAGGAGAACAACGAAUAAAAACAUCACCAGCCAUUCUGCAAAGGAAAUACCUAACACAGGAUGGAAAUUAUCAAAAAACUUCUCACGCUUACUACCAAAGAACAAAGUCACUUAGAACUUGGAUUUGAAUCGUGGUCCAUCAUUAACAGGGCCUCUGGGAGGAGAUUUUAAAAAAAGCAUCUCAAAAUGGCAGCCCUGACAGCAUGCUUUACUUUAGACUUAGCUUUUGAUGCAAAUUGUAUUGGAUGCUGUUUUUAAUAUUGAGCUUUCUUCUCUUACAAGUAUAUGGCACAACUCUGUUUUGUCAAAGAGAAAAAAUAUAACUUAUGCUGCUUCAUUGUGACUGGAAAACUUAGAGAAUUCAGAAAGCAUAUGAUAUUUCUGUGUCCAAGCAGGCAGCUGGCUUUAUAUACAUUUUACAAGUGUUUAGCAUUGAAUGUUGAACAGCGGUGGAAGAGGAGGCAGUGUUGCAGAGUUUUAAUCCAAAAUAAAAAAUAAUCUGCGAUUGAUUUCUUUUAUUAUGUUCCUAAAUAGAAAAAUAAAAUAAAAUUGUUUCAAUAAAGCAUUAAAAGAAAAAUGGGUACAAGCUUUCUCUCAGUGGACUAUAAUGGCUAAUAGGAAAAGAAAAUGUUCUGUUUUUUUGAUAGCUUCCCAAAAUACUGAUUAGUCAUGGCUUAGCCUGUUAAUGUUUGUAAUGACAAUGAUCAAAUGAACUUCAGCACAGUAUCCUUCUUCAA